AUGGCGUCCUCCUCCUCGGCCUCGUCACAUCCGUUCGGCCUGCCAUACAUUCCACAAGCAGGCGGUGUUCCACCACGAGCCAACUCCUCAACAGCCAGCCUGGCAGCAAGUGCUCUGGCGGGUAGUAGAGAAGUGAUUUACGAAGACUUCACCACCAUCGAUUGGAUGAAAGACCAAAUGCGUGACUACCGCCGCCAAAACCGUGAACGCAACCGCCGCCGCAACCCAUCCGAAUCCCUGCCGAGCGUAUGGGCCUCCAAAUUCUUCAACGCGACGCAAUCCUGGAUCCUCAUCUCCAUGAUCGGCAUCUCACUCGGCUUCGUAGCAGGGUGGAUCGAUGUCGUCGCGGCGUGGCUGGGCGAUAUCCGGUUCGGGUAUUGCACGAUCGAGUGGCAUAUGAGCAAGUCGAUCUGCUGCACGCAGCAGCCGAAGCAGGAGGAUGGCUCGUGUCCGGAUUGGAAUGAUUGGAGCUAUGCGAUUUUUGGAGCGAGGGGGGUCGGCAUUGUCAACUGGGUGUUCUAUGUCGCGUUCUCGACGCUGUUUGCCAAUGUGUGUUCAUAUAUGGUGGUGAAUCUGGCACCGUACGCGGCGGGAUCGGGGACGGCUGAGGUCAAGACGAUUUUGGGAGGGUUCAUCAUCAAAGGGUUUCUGGGAAUCCGGACGCUCGUUAUCAAAACCAUUGGACUACCAUUGAUGGUGGCAUCUGGACUUGCUGUGGGAAAAGAAGGACCGAUGAUCCACGUCGCGUGCUGCAUCGCAAACGUCUUUCCGCGGCUCUUCCCAAAAUACUGGAAAAACGAGGCGCGGAAGCGAGAGAUCUUGUCUGCUGCAUCAGGAGCGGGAGUAGCCGUCGCGUUUGGUGCGCCAAUAGGCGGCGUUCUCUUCUCCCUCGAAGAACUGAGCUCCUUCUUUCCCGCGAAAACGAUGGUGCGGAGCUUCUUUUGUGCGCUCGUCUCGACCGUCACGCUGCAGCUCAUGGAUCCAUAUAGAGGGAAACGCGUUCUGUACCAAGUCUCCUACUCCCGCCCAUACCAUUUCUUCGAUAUCCUCUUUGGAGUGGUGCUGGGCGUGUUUGGAGGGCUGGCCGGCGCGCUGCUCAUCACGGUGAACCGGAAGAUCCAGGUUUUCCGCAAAACCUCAUGGCUAAAAGCGCACCCGGUCUACGAAGCCACGGUCAUCUCAGCCGUAACAGCCGCCUUCUGUUACUUCAACAUCUUCACCCGCGUCGACAGCUCCGACCUCCUCGAAGGCCUGUUCCGUGAAUGCGAGGAGACGGAUUUCCACGGUGUGUGCAGUCGCGACCGACGCGGGUUCGUCGUCGCGUCGCUGAUCAUGGCCUUGCUCAUGCGCAUCGUGCUCACCAUCGUCACGUUCGGCGUCAAGGUCCCGGCCGGUAUCUUCAUCCCCUCCAUGGUCUGGGGCGGUCUGUUUGGCCGGCUACUGGGCUUGGCUGUCCAGUCAUGGCAGGAAACUUACCCGGACAGUUUCCUCUUCACCGCGUGUAAAGCUCAGCCGGACAUCCCCUGCGUCACACCGGGGAUGUACGCCCUCCUCGGCGCGAUCGGCGCACUCGGCGGAACAACCCGCAUGACCCUCUCCCUCACCGUCGUCAUGUUCGAACUCACGGGAACGCUGCACUACAUCGUCCCGUGCAUGGUAACCCUCAUGACGGCCAAAAUCGUUGGCGACAUCCUCGGCAAAGGUGGCUUCGUCGAGAUGCAAAUCCAUCUCAACAAAUACCCCUUCCUCGACCCGCGCGAGGACACCGUCGUCGGCCUCACCGCGUCGGAAGUCAUGACACCGUUAGAUGAACUGAUCUGUUUCGUCGACAAGGGCAUGAAAGUCGCCGACGUCGACGAGGCCGUCAAACAGGCGCAAUACAAAGGGUUCCCCGUCAUUCGCUCCAUGGACGACUCAACCUUCAUCGGCUACAUCCCGCGCGAAGACCUCAAAUCCUCCCUGGAAAAAGCCCACGCGCAACAUUCUAUUGAACCCACAGCCGCGGUCGUCUUCGACGACCCUGGCUCCCCGACCUCUGCACGGCGGAACACACUCACGCCUACGACCCCCGGGGUGACGUGGCGACAUACCCGUGGGCCAUCACAGCACAACAUGUUUCGCCAAACCCGCGACGGCGCGCGGCAGUUGGUACUACCCCUCGACCGCGAGCCGUUGUACGUGCACCCCCUGGUCCCCAUCGAAGUCGUCAUGGACCUGUUCAAAAAGAUGGGCCCGCGGUACGUGCUUGUGCUGCAUAUGGGGCAGUUGAAGGGGAUUAUCACCAAGAAGGAUAUCCUGUUUGCCCUUUACGGUGAGGAACAGCAUAGUCUGGCCCAACAGGCGGAUGCCGCGGGAGAUGGAAAUGAUAUCGUCUCCUCGAUAUGGAAUUGGGGCGCUGGGAUGGCAAGGCAGGGCAUCCAACUCCCCCGCCCCCUCACCCUCCCCAACCCCGUCAGCACGCGGGAUCGCCCGCGCUCGUAA